GCAUAAGCUGUGAACGACAAUUCUCUCAAAAAUAUACAAUUUCUUUUAAAGUUGAUUUUAAAAUUGUCAAAAGGCAUUUCACAAACACGCGCCUAAUAUUUCCGAAACGGUGAAAGCUAUUUCGUCUACAGCAAAUAAUACAACAAUAAACCUUAUCACUCAGUAAAAAUCUUUCAGUGACGAUUUUUGGAGCAAAAGUUCUACAUACAAAAUUUACAUAAUGUGGGGAAGAUGCUUCGUGGUAUUGUUAUUGGCACUAACGCCGCAUGCCAUACUCAGUGUUAAACAACGCGAGCUAGAAACUGUCUAUCAGUGGAAACAAAUGGUUUUUGGCUUCCCCACGGAAGCAGAUCGUCAAGAAGCAAUAGCCAAUGGCAACUUAGUACUAGAAAACGCAACGCCCAUCGAUGUGGCGACCCAUUCUCACCCGACAAAGGGUUCACGUGUCUUUACGACAAUACCCAGAUUCACCACGGGCAUUCCGUACACUUUGGCAUUGGUGUCUGACGCCAAUGAGGCGAAUGGACCAGUACUCCAGGCAUAUCCCGAUUAUAGUUGGCAUAACUCACAUGGCAGUGAUUGUGAUAAAAUUACUUCGGUAUUCCGUGUGGCGAUCACGGAGUGCAAUCAGAUGUUUGUACUCGAUUCGGGCGCUAUAGGCAUGGUUCAACACUGUCCACCACAGCUACUCGUCUUCGACUUGAACACCGACACCUUAUUCCAUCGUUAUCGCUUCGAACCAAGCACAUACGUAGCCGGCGCUUCACUCUUCAUCACGCCAUUAGCAAUUGUACACGAUCCCCCGCCAAAAGGCCGCUGUCGCAAAAUACAAGUCUACAUUGCUGAUGUCACGUUUCAUGGUUUGAUUGUUUAUGACUCGGAAUUGAAUACAGCUUGGCGUAUCGAAAAUAGAUUUAUGUAUCCCGAUCCUGAUCAUGGCUCACACACAAUUGCCAAUGAGAAAUUCAUUCUAAUGGAUGGCAUGUUUGGUUUGGCCAGCGAUCGAGAACAGCUCUACUUCCAUCCAUUGGCCAGUGUCAGCGAGUAUGCAGUGCCGCUGAGCGUCGUAAACAACCGUACCAAUUUUAAAGACAGUGUGGAUGCCAUGCCGCAGGCAUUUCGUCAUGUGGGCAAACGUAGCAGUUCAUGUGCCGCCCAGGCAAUGGACAGUCAAAGGAAUCUCUACUGUGUUACAUUCAAUCCAAUAAUGUUGACUCGUUGGAGUCCGAACAAGCCAUUCAAUGUUAAGUAUCAGAUCGAAAUACCGGCAGAUCCAAAACUGAUUGAGUUUGUAAGCGGCAUGAAGGUGUACAAAAACGAUGCUGGCAAAGAGGAGUUAUGGAUGCUGUCGAAUCGUUUCCAGAAAAUAUCCAGCGGCUCUAUGGAUUUUAAUGAAGUUAAUUUCCGCAUUUUGCGUCGACCACUUGAUGACAUACAACACGCGUCCGUUCAAGAUCUGAGUCAGCGACUCAUCUUCACUUGAUUUUGCAAAAGCUUAGUCCAUUGUGGCAUUGUGGAAACCUUUUAUGGAAAGUUACUGCACAAUAUUAUUGUAUAAUAUAUGCACUUUAUAACAGUAUUUGCGACUCCAGUAUAGAGUACGAUAUACACAUUGUAAGCACAAGGCUGAAUUUUCGAAUUCUUACUAUAUUUAAAAGCACUUCAACUACUUAUAUUCAAUUACUGGUUAUCAAUAAAGGUGUAUUAUUACACCAUAUGGGCUGAAAACUAUUUGGCCUAAUAAUGAAAGAACAUUAUUUUCAAUGAAAAAAUAGCUUUAUUCUUCGACAUGAGCUCAAUUUGAAAUGAUUUUUUCUAUAUCGUUGAUAUAUUGCAACGGUCCUACAACAUUUCAACAGCGGUUUGCUGGUGAUAUCAAAUUAGACGCCUUAAUCUUCCUAUUUUAGUUAAGCCUCAUUCAAAUGAGCCCCUUUUUAAGUCUGAGAAAAAAGCUUUAAGCCGGGUCUACCGAAUAUGGUGUGUAGAAGACUAGUUCAUUUCGGAAUUGCUUCCAUUUCUAUGUCGUAAAAGAAGCUCAAUGGGCCGGAGCUUUAUCGAGUUUAGAAAGUAGCGUGGCGCAUUGGAACACAAUCGAUUUGCGAUUGCGAUCUCUCAGUCAAGCCAAAAACCUUUCAGCUUAUGUAGUAUAUGGUUUGGAAAAAAAUAUUGGUGGCUUAGAUUCAGAUGUUCUUAAAUCGAUUUAGAAAUUAGACGCAGUACCUUCAAAAACAAAUUAAAUAUUGAAUAUAUCGGUAAUGGAAAUAUUAAAAUUUAAACUUAUUUCUUAAACUCUUUAACAUUUUCAAGUAAAAUUAGAGAAAAUUUCAUGAAAGGUUGCCAUCAGCUUACUAUCAAGUA